CUUUAUUUAGCAUCUGGUCUGGACCACUGGCGGCCAAAGAGGAGCCUGGAAGGUGUAGGUAUUUAAUUCGAAUCGGUGCCGCCUUGCCUGUCGCGCAAGGCCCACGAUAAUCACAGCUUGACCACCCUACCUCGUUGUAUUUCCCAUUUGCCAAUUCACUUACAGUUGCCGAUUCCCCAUAAUCAUAAUCAGAAGACCAGAAGUCUUCCGUGACCAGUCACCAUGACGCCACCAACAGCCAUCAGCGAUGUCGACCAGGAACCAGUCCCAUCGGAUACCUUCUCCCAAUCUUCGGUGACGACAGUGUCGUCCUCCCUCCCGACCCCCCAGCUCCUCUCCCUCUCAGGCAAGACCAUCGCCAUCACCGGCGGCGGUCGCGGUCUCGGGAUAACCCUCGCCCUCGCGGUCCUCGAAGCGGGCGGCCACGUCGCCUGCCUGGACCUCCUCCCGUCGCCCUCGCCCGUCGAAUGGGCCCAGCUAUCGAAGCUCGCCAAGGCGUCCAAUCUCUCUAUCUCGUACCAUCGCUGCGACAUCACCGACGAGGGAGCGAUGCGGCAGAUCUUGUCUGGCAUCGCCGACGAGGGAGACCGGCGCAAUGCGCCCUUCGCGGGGACGAUCGCCUGCGCCGGCAUCCAACAGAAGACGCCGGCUCUGGAGUACCCCGUGGCUGACUUUGAGCGCAUGCUGAGGGUGAACGUCACGGGCACGUUUGUCACCUGCAAGCAGAGCGCGAGGGUGCUGGUCGAGAGGAAGCUGCCCGGGAGUAUCAUGAUGGUGGCGAGCAUGUCGGGCCAGAUAGCGAACAGGGGGUUGACCUGCACGGCAUACAACACGAGCAAGGCGGCACUGCAUCAGAUGUGUCGGUCCCUGGCGCAGGAAUGGGGCCAAUACGGCAUUCGGGUCAACACGCUCUCCCCAGGGUAUAUCCGAACGGCAAUGACCGACGCACUCCUCCAGGCAGAACCCGAUGUCGAGACGACAUGGAUGCAAGGUGCCAUGCUUGGCCGGCUGGGCGUGCCUGAUGACUUUAAGGCUUCGGCUGUGUUCUUGCUUUCGGAAGGAAGCUCCUUCGUAACGGGUACUGACUUGCGAGUAGACGGUGGGCAUUGCGCGUCAGCAUAGUUGGGG